AUGUCCCAGCUUGAAAUGAUUUCAGAGGCACCUGUGGCCUGCUCGGUGAUCAAGGCGCUGCGCCACAAGAACGCCAACAUCAGCUUCAUCAGUGAAGUUUGCAAAUCAGCAGGUUUAGAGGGGUCAAAGAAACAAGCUACGCUAUCUUUGGGCACUGUGCAAACAGAGCGAACGUUUCAUAGCCGCCUACGAAGGGACCUGCCAGUUGUUUCGACAAAAGAGGUGAGUCUGAAAAUUGGCCAGCGCAUUUGCAAGAGGCGCGUGAGUUUUGUGCUGCUCAGCAGCUACUUGGCCUGGCUAUGGAAGAGGCCAAAGGUGCGGAAUUUGAUUCUUUAUGGCCAAACCACUUCCGAAGAGCGUUGCGCGUUCAUAGCGCAGCUCAACAAAGCCCCGCAUAUGCAGGGUCGCCAGUUAGGCUUGAAUGACAUUGUGUUCAAGAUCCACGGCGACGAAGGCCCCUACUUCAAGAAACGGAACCUGCUGGUGGUCAACGCGUCAACUCCUUGGUCUCACUCAGGGGACACUUUUCUGACCCGCCUGCCGAUAUGUGUGAUCCCUGGCCACCAACUGAUAACACGGAAGCUGCAAAAGAAGCACUGCUGCCAAACAACGCUGGAUGAGAUUAUGGAAAUUAUUGUGCAAGACUUGGACACCUUGCGGCUGCAUGCAAAUCACCCUGCGAAGUUUUACGCCUUGGGCGGAGAUCUCAAGUGGUUUCAACAGGUCUUCCAUUAUCACCGCCACUGGUCUGGCAACGGGUGGCAAAAUGGCAACAGGAGACGCUAUUGGAAUUCCGCACGCUACUGGAGUGCACUCGCCCGCAUCUGCCUCCGCUACACACUUGGCUACAUAUGUGGCUGCGUUUGA